AUGGAUCAAAUACAUCCUUCAGACGCAUUUUUGUUGCGAACACCAAAAUCAAAAAAAAACAUCGGGCUUGUAAUACCCAGUACGCCAAGUAAAAAAUGUAAAUAUUCGUCAAAUUUUAUGGCAGAAGAUAUUACACCUUCCAAACGGUUUCGUUUAUACCAAGCUAGAUUUAAGACAAGUUCGAAGAAUGUCAAAGCCCAAACUCUUAGCGUGUCAAUAAAGAAAAAUCAAGAUGAAAUCACCAAUCCCUUCAUGACCGAAGGAUAUAAUGAUUACCGCAAUAUUGUCAGCCCUGGGUUGAGUUUUGAUAACGAUUGCUUCUCAGAACAUGAAUUGGUUAGUCCAUUAAGCGAUAUAUCUUCGAUAAACUCUACAUCACCUGAUGUUGAAAAGCUCGAUUCUCUAGACCCUUUUGGUGUUGACUCUUUUGUCUGGAAUUGUAAACCUCUUGUUAAUAAAGAAGCAUUGGAGCUCCAUCGAAUGAUUCAUUCCUCGUUUCCAAUGAGCCCACUAAAAUCCAAUAGCGACAUGCCACUAUUAUUGCCAAAACUGAAAAAAAGAUUAUCUCCAGUUAGCAGAUCAACCUUCAAGCCAACAAGGCACGAACCCUCUCAUCGCCUAUUGAAGCCCAAAAAAUCAAUUCUAACGAUACCAGCCAAAUCUCUGAAUCUCAUAGUCAGUUCGUCGCGAGGCUCAUUAAAUGACGCUACCAUUUUUGCCACUGAAAUAAACUCUACGUUGAGCAAUGAAGAAAACAAAUUACCAGCUAUUUCUAGUAUUUGGGAGAAACUCACAAUCCCAGUAAACUCUUCAAUUAAGGAAAAAUAUAAGAAGCUAAAAGAACAAAUUUAUGGGCAAACUGGUAAUCCUGACGAAGAUGAAGACGAUGAAGACAAUGAAGAAGAUAACGAAGAAGAUAACGAAGAAGGCGACCUUCCCGAUGCAGCAGUAAUAAGAGGUUACGAAUUCCAAUCGGAAAGACGCGAUGAGCUGACGCAAAGUAACAAACUGCAGAAUACGAAGGACUACAAAAAAGUUCAGUGGGCAAAAUUUUUAGAACAAUAA